AUGGUGCACAUUUCCUCCUCGAUUGGUUUUAAAGUCAUUGCUAACUGUGGUUACCUCCCUGGAGCUCUUUUCUCAGUUCUCCCUCGACAUGCAGUUGCUCGUUGCUAUAGCCAAUCUUGCCAUGAUGGCCUAGGAACUUUAAAGGAGAAUGCAAAACAAAUUCUAACUGCUGCACUUCAAGCGGUAGCACCGGAGACGCUGGUUCAAAGGGCAAUCCGACGAUCUGCAUGUAGCCAAUACUUGCAUGUAGGCGAUGCUACUUAUCCUUUGCAAAAAAAUGUUUACAUCGCUGCUUUUGGUAAAGGUGUCUAUCCCAUGGCUAAAGCAGUUACCUCUAUUGUACAUGAUCAUCUAGUCGAUGGUAUUGUUAGUGUACCAGCUGGUAGCUCAACCCCAGCUCUAUCGAAUUUACAGAUAAUUCAGGGUGGAAGGAAAAACUUACCAGAUUCCAAUUCUAUGAUGGCGGCGGAUUCCAUCAUGAAGAUGGCCAAUUCUCUGGGUCAGCAUGAUAUACUAUUAGUGUUGAUGACAGGAGGUGGUUCAGCGUUAUUUCCAUUGCCAGUACAUGGUGUAACAUUGGAUGAGAAAUUGCAAGCGAUUAAAGCUAUUGCCAAUGCGGGUGGUGAUAUUUUUCAACUGAACACGAUACGAAAGAAUCUGUCUGCAUGCAAGGGUGGAAAAUUAGCAUUGGCAGCCAAUCCAGCCAAGGUAAUAAGUUUUAUCGUCUCCGAUGUUAUUGGCGACAACCUUGAAAUUAUUGCUUCGGGGCCAACAGUGAAGGACUCAUCAUCGCACAAAGACUGCCUCACAAUCAUAAAAAAUUUAUCUAUUGAUAAAAAAAUACCAACUUCAGUCCUCAAUUUAUUUUCUGGCAAAACAUGCUCUGAUAUAGCUAAGAACAAGCAAACCUUUAAUAAUGUUCAGAAUGUUUUAAUCGGAUCAAAUAAAGUAGCAAUCCAUGCUGCUUUUGAGAAAGCAUCACAGUUAGGAUUUGAUGCCACCAUACACUCUACCACUGUUUGUGGAGAAGCAAAAGAUGUAGGAAAAACAUACUGCCAGAUGCUAUUGGAGAACCAAAGACUAUGCCGUAAAGUAUGUAUUCUCAGUGGCGGAGAGACAACUGUUAGGGUAGAAGGAAGCGGUGUUGGAGGAAGAAACCAAGAGUUUGCAUUGUCAGCUUCAGUUCAAAUGUUUGAAAGUAAGUUAGCCAGCAAUCUGACUGACAAGAAAUGCCCAGCAGUCUUACUUAGUGCCGGAACAGAUGGACAAGAUGGUCCAACACCAGCAGCAGGUGCUUUUGCCUAUCCCGGCCAACUCUGUGACAAUAAUAUUAAUACAGCCAGACAUCAUUUGGCCAACAAUGAUUCGUAUACUUUCUUUUCCACUUUAAAUAAUGGUGAUGAUCUGAUAGUGACUGGAUUAACCAACACAAACGUCAUGGAUAUUCAAAUAAUGCUUAUCGAUGAACCAACUACAUAG